UGCAGAAUUACCUUAAAUUUGCAUGUUUUACUGCUAUUAUCAAGUUUAAAUGUUUCACCGUGAUUAUAAAGUUUGAUUGUUUCACUGGUAUUGUAAAGUUUGUAUAACUAAGAUUGCUAAAAAUGUAGAAGUCGGACCACUUCGCAACGAUUGUCAACAAAAGAAAAUGACUGAUGCUGAAGAAAUAAUGAAAAGAAUUGUGGACCACAAAGGUGUGACUCAGUUAAUGGUAAUAAAUAAAAAUGGCCAUCCUCUAAAUAUGACAUUGGAAAUGAAUGAAGCUUCAGAGUCACAAGUUAAACAUAUUCACGAGUUUGCCAUUGCAGCCAGACGCGUUGUCAGAGACAUGGACCCAACAGAUAAUCUUGUUUUUCUCAGAACAAGCUCAGACAACUUUGAGAUUUUGAUUUCACCAGAUGAAGAGUUCACGGUAGUUGUGGUACAAGAAAAGAUGGAGAAAACAACAAAAUAAAAUGAAAACAUCUUCCAGCAAUGCUAAGAAAAGAGAACUUAGAAGUGAAAGAGAUCAGAAGUGUGCCAGUAGAUUAAAAUGUGGCCCAAAUGUUACCGACUGCAAUAUCAGGAAAAGUAUAUUUGAAUUUUUUUAUUUGGAAUGAGUUGAUGGAAACAGUCUGAGGUCUUCUGUCUAUAAAAGGUCUCCCUUUAUAUGAAUAUGGAUAUAAUUUAUUUUUUGUGUGUGUAAAUAAAAGAUUUUAACAAAUUUAUAAA